AUGUAAGAUAUCUAAUAGGAAAAGAUAAUGUCAAAUAAUUAUAAUAUAGAAACUGUAGUGGAAUAAAAUUACUUAAAAAUAUAUCUAAAUGAAGAAUCCUAUUAAUAACUCUCAAUUGAGUAUUUAUUAGAUUGUCUCAAUAUUUCAGUCAAUAGGUAUUUUUAAAUUCUUAUUUAAGAGUAGUCAUCAUUAUUAAGUAUUAAGUUUUCUUUUAAUUUAUUCAAUAAAAUUUGAUAUUGGAAAUGAUUAGAAAGGCUCCUAAAUUACAUUCAAUUUUUAUUUUAGGAGAUCAAUAAAUCGAUGAAUUGAAAGAUAAAAAUAUAUUUAGAGUGGAUUCUAUAAAUGAAAUAGAUAAUAUCUUAAAAAGUUUAGAGAAGAAAAACAGUUUUGAAAGUGAAAAACUUAACAAAUAUGGUGUACCAAUAAUUUUAUAAGAAUUAUUAAAAUACUUCAAAAAUAAUAUGAACCAUGAAGGAUUAUUUAGAAAAUGUGCAGUAAAUAGUGAAAUUUAAGAAUUAAUGGAGGAAAUAAGAAAUUAUGAUUUCAAAAGAAUUCAAUCUGCAAAUCCACAUUUAGUGGCAUGUGCAUUAAAAUAGUAUUUAAAUUAAUUACAAAUUCCUUUAAUAAAUACAGAAUUAAUAUUUUCAAAUGAAAUUAAUGUUAUUGGUGUAAUUAAUGAUCUAUCAGAGAUAAAUGCUAGAGUAUUUUUUAUGGUUAUAUCAUUUUUUCAAGAAGUAGCUAAGUGUGAAGAGUAAAACAAAAUGAAUACAAAAACAUUAGGAAUGUUAAUUGCACCUUCAAUAAUGAAAUUAUCUAAUUAAUGUGAUAAUCCUUUGGAAAAAAUUAAUAAAACAAUUAUGUUUUUAUAGAAAUUUUUAGAAAGUUUUCACAAAUUUUUUCCAAAUUUUCAUUAUGAAGAACUUUUAGAAUAUGAAGAAAUAGAUAUUGGAAAUGAAGUAGCAGAUAUAGAUUUGAGGGAAGAAUGGGGAAGAAUUAAUAAUGUAAAAUAACAUAUAAUAUGA